AUGCCGGUGUUGCAAGGCGGCGAUUGGUACCACAUCGAGGGGGAGACCCCCGCACAGCUGAAGGAGCCUGAACAAAAGGCAGAAAACAAGCCCGGACAUCGCCCUCUGGGCUCCUACAAGCUGCCGAAAUGGGUCUACCACCCGGAGCGAGCCAACCGCAGGAUUGUCAUCAACAAAGAGGACUACUUCGGAAUGGCAGCAGACGGCCUGCGGAACUUUGAUUUGUGGAAUGUGGCCCACGUCGCCGCAUACCACGACGACUUGAAACUCUUGUCGAUGGCCACUCUUGAGCAAUGCAAGGAGCCAAACAGGUGGGGAAUGACCCCAAUGCACAUGACUGGCUUGGGACAACAUCCUUACGGCCCCUCGCUUUGCGUCCUCUGGGAGCUAGUCCAGAUGGGGGCAGCGGACCCAAUGGCCCUGAACUCUGCAGACCAAAGUCCCUGGCACAUCGCGCAGCGGAUGCAGAAGCCAUCCCACCUGAAGAAGUGGGAGAAGGUGGUGUUCAAAGGCGGAAAGCCGGAGGAGUACGAUAGCAAGAAGGAGGCGCAGCUGAAGCCACGGGGCAAAUUCGCGCGAGCCCUUGGCCUGGACCCGGCCGUGGCCGAGGACACCUCGAAGCCGCUUCCGGUUUGCUUGGUGUUCCCAGGCCAGGGGGCACAGUACGUUGGCAUGCUGCAGAAGCAGAAGGACCUUCCGGCGGUUAAGGCCAUGCUCGCAAAAGCAAAGGAGGUUCUCGGCUACGACCUGGCAGAGAUCCUUCAAAAUGGUCCGGAGGACAAGUUAGCAGAGACGAAAUACUGCCAACCUGCGAUGUACAUAGCCGGCAUGGCCGCGUUAGAACAGUUGAAGCUGGAGGAGGAGGACAAAGUCAGCAGAUGUCGAGCAGUCGCUGGGCUCUCCUUGGGCGAAUACGUCGCGCUGACCGCUGCGGGCGUUUUUGACUUUGAGACUGGGUUGCGGCUCAUCAAGGUCCGAUCUGAGGCCAUGCAGUUCGAACUCUCUGGUGGCCGGCCCGGUGCGAAGGCCCAGGGCAUGUGCCUCGUGGUCGGCCUGGUCAAGGACGAGGUCGAGCGACUCUGCAAAGAGUGCGCUGGCAAGGGCGAAACUUGCCAGAUCGCUGCCUGCCUAUUCUCGCGAGCUUUCUCGGUCGCCGGAAGCCGCUCUGCUGUCGAGUCCUUCGUGGAAAAGUCGCUGGCAGCCGGUGCGUUGCAGUGUUCUCUGCUGAAAAACUCCGGCGCUUUCCACACCCCUGAGAUGUUGGAUGUUCGCAACAUCGUGGUUAAGGAGCUGGAGGCUGCCAAGGCCAGCAUGAAGCCUCCUCGCUGUACUGUCUAUGCGAAUGCGACGGCGAAAGCGAUCGGGCCGGACACACCCAUUCAGGAGAUUGUGAAGCUGCUCGCGGAUCAGAUGGUUUCGCCAGUGCUGUGGGAGCAGUCCAUGCAGCAGGCGAUCAGAGACGGCUGCACCGAGUUCUACGAGCUCGGACCUGGCUCUCAGCUGAAGGGCAUCCUGAAGCGAAUAGACGGCAAGAUUGCCGACAAGAUGUGGCUUCGAGCCGUUCACCUGUCGGAGAUCCUGAUUCGUAAGAUGUCCUACAACUUGGCCUUCAACCUAGCCGGCAAUCCUGUCCCGGUUGGCGCCAACGAGACUCUCCUUGCAGAGGAUACCAACCUCACGAAUUUCACGUACCUGCAGGUCUAUGCCAGGUCAGCGCUGGCAGAGCAGACAACGCCGACGCAGUUCCCCAUUAGCGAUGCGGCCUCGACUGUCCAAGGCCUUGACUUCGUCGACAAGGAUUUGGAUGCCGGCGAGUUGGGCGGCAUUGUCACAUGGCAGACACCUGUGGACACAUCGCAGCUCGUCCACUACCGCGUGUUUUUGCUCGACAACACGGGGAACAGGUCUCAGAUCGGCGGGGAUUUGCCACCCAAUGUGCAAACGGCCACAGUCGCAGCUGAUCAGCCACUCGCGGCAAGCACUGCAGCCGCUGUCUUUGCGAAGUCUUCCCUCUUCGAACAGACAACCCCGGCAUCAGUCGAAAUCAGCGAUAUCGAGUCCGUGGCAACGGACCUGCAGUUCGAAGACUUGGAUCUGGACACGGAUCAGUUCGGAGGGGUGUUGAACUUCUCAGAGCCAGCCGAUGCUACUCAGGUUGCGGCCUAUUCGCUCUAUUUCGCUGCGGCAGACUUGUCCGGACGGCAGGCGGUCCACUCGGAUGUCCCUGGCACUGCAGAGCUUACCGCAACGACAAGCGAGAACAUCGACCGGGCGCACUUCGAGGUUUUCCUUGUCUACACGAAGUCCACCUUCGUGGAGCAGUCUACGCCGGCCGCUGCUGUGCUAAACGACACACAGGCUGCGGUAAGCAACAUCAGCUUCGUCGACAAGGAUUUGGAUGUGGGCGAACUUGGCGGCACGGUGACAUGGGCUUCUGAGGGUGACGACUUCGCGGUCCAGGACUACCUGGUUUAUGUCGUGCAGAACACUGGCCGGAGCUUGGUCGGAACAUCCCCGGUUGGCAGCAACCAGUUGGCCAUUGAUCAAAACUUUUCACUGCCGCCGAAACAGGAGAUACACAUCUAUUCGCGGUCCAGACUCUUCGAGAGCACCACACCACAGGUCCACAACAUCAGCGACACUGAUGCCAGCGUAUCCAAUGUGCAAUUUUUGGACGAAGACUUGGACAAGUUCGAGCUUGCAGGCCCUGUGGUUUGGACCGAGCCCGCAGAUGCAGCGCAGGUGACACACUACCGCGUAUACUUUGCCACCUCUGCUGUUGGAAUGGGAAGGUCUCAGCUCGGCCAGGAUGUGCCGGCUGGGACCAACUCAGCGUACGUGCCCGACAAUUUCCAGUCCUUGUCGGUGUCGCACAUCCUUCUGUACACCCGGUCAUCGCUUGCAGAGCAGACCACCCCGGUGGCCUUGGAAUUCAUCGAUGAUGCCAUCGAGGUCGAGAACAUUACAUUCACGGACGAGGACCUGGAUCCAUCAGAGCUGGGAGGCCAGGUCGCUUGGGAGCCUCCGAAUUUCACGGCCACUGUGACUCACUUCAUAGUCUACCUCACAACCGACGUCCUUGGCACAAACCGCACGAAGGUGGGCGGCGAGAUACCCUUGGGCACCAACGUGGCCCUGGUACCAGCAGAGACCUUGCUGCGGGAUUGGAAGUACAUCGCAGUCUACAUGAAAUCUCCGGGGGCGGAGCAAACGACGCCCAACAGCCUCGAGAUUAGCGACACUGCACUCCUGGCCUCGGCGGUGUCACUCAUCGACCUCGACCUCGACCCUCUCGAGCUGGGGGGCACGAUAACCUGGACACCACCCGACGAGACUCUGAUCACCGGCUACGACGUCUAUCUUUCUCCCGGACCAACCGCUGACCACCUGGGCGCAUUUGUGAACACCUCUGCCGCAGGGACCACACAGGUCUUCCUUUCUACCGACACGCCACUUCUCAAUUUCUCCUAUGUGCUGGUCUAUGCAAGGUCUGCUCUGGCAGAACAGACGACACCCGCCGCGUCAAUGCUCAACGACUCGUUUGUGCCCAUCCCGGAAGCGAAUUUCACGGACCAGGAUUUGGAUGCUGAGCAAGUUGGAGGAGACCUGGAGUGGGCCGCUGUUGGUGAUGUGGAGCUCGUCUCCGGCUACAACCUGUACCUCUCCGAGUCGGCGGACGGGCGAUCAUUCCGAUCGCAGGUGGGAUCAUUGGCCGCCGAUGCUGCUCGCAGUGUCACCUUCCCAGCCGACAUCCCUCGGACAGCUGUUCAUCGCACGGAUUCACUUGCCUACGCCUUGGUCUAUGCGCGCUCGGCGAUUGCAGAACAGACCACUCCUGGAUUCGCGACAGUAAGUGAUACUUCAAGCACUGUCGGCUCUGUCACCUUUGUGGACAAGGAUCUCGACGAGUCGGAGCUCGGAGGGACGGUGGAAUGGUCUCCUGCUGGUGAUGUCAGCCAUGUCACUCAAUACCUCGCCUUCCUGGCGACUGAUGAGCAAGGUACCAACCGCUCUCUGAUUGGCACGGAAGAGGCGGGAUCGGGAGGCGCCCUGUCGUCGAUCCUGACAGCAGAGCAGCCAUUGGAUGACUUCAGCUUUGUGCUGCUAUACACAAAGUCAGUGCUGGCGGAGCAGACAACACCGCACACAGGUGUUCUGAAUGACACGGUCUCCAGUGUGUCCAAUAUCAGCUUUUGGGACAAAGACCUCGAUGAAGGCGAACUCGGAGGCCGCAUUUAUUGGCUGCCACCUGAGGAGCGGUCCCAGGUGACCCACUACGCCGUGUAUCUCGCGGAAGAGGGAGGCAUUGGACGUUCCCUGGCCGGCACCAGUGCCGUGACAGGACCCGACUACAUAGACCUGCCCGCGGAAGAACCGUUGGGCCUGCGACGCGUCUUAUUGGUCUUUGCUUCUUCGAGUCUCGUGGAGCAGACGACGCCCGAGGUCUUCAACUUCAGCGACACUGUGUCAAGCGUGUCGGCGGUCAGCUUCACAGACGUGGAUCUGGAUGCGCUGGAAAUCGGCGGUGACGUCUUCUGGGAUCCGCCAAACGAGACAUCCCAGGUAGAUGGUUACUCCUUGUAUUUGGACGACGUGACGGUGAACCGCUCUGUCGUCGGUGUUCCUGCAGCUCUGGGCACGAACACGCUGCCGGUACCGACAGAGACCGUGCUUCCUCCCUACACCUCACUGCUCGUGUACACUUUCUCUUCCCUCACGGAGCAGUCGUCGCCGGCGGAGUUGGACAUCAGUGACACCAGCUCGACAGUCACGAAUGUGCUCUUGGUGGACAAAGAUCUAGAUGAAGAGGAGCUGGGUGGCGAGAUCACUUGGACCGAACCGUCGGACACUGCGCAGAUCCGCUUCUAUGCGACUUACAUGGAAGGCCCGACCGUGAACCGCUCGCAGAUUGGAGCUUUCGUCCCCGUCGGAAUUUCGAACACCUCCUUGGAUCCAGACACUCCGCUGGAGAACUACACAGACAUCACGGUCUACACGCGCUCUGGAUUGGUGGAGCAGAGCGUGCCUGCCAUCUACAGCAUCAGUGACGCAUUUGCAGUGGCUCGCACCCUCAGCUUCGAGGAUGAUGAUUUGGAUGGUUUAGAGAUUGCCGGUGAUCUCAUCUGGCAGCCACCCGCGAAUCUUGAUCAAGUCACUCACUAUGUCGCUUACUUGGCCAACAACUCCUUCGGUGCCUGGCGCUCUCAGAUAGGCACCCUGGACAUCCCUGUCGGCACGAACCAGCAGAUUCUGAUGGAGGACACCGCUUGGGAGCCGUACCUCUUGGUUUACACCAAGUCAUCGCUGGCAGAGCAGACCACGCCGGCGUUCCUUUCAGCGAGCGAUUCAUCUUCCUCUGUUCCGAAUGUCACCUUCGUGGACAAGGACUUGGAUGCUGGCGAGAUGGGUGGCACGAUCGUCUGGGCCGAGCCUGAAGACUCAGAGCGCUUAGCUGCCUACACUGUCUACCGAUCGUUUGGAUCCGAUGGCGUGCUGGGCAAAUCCAGGCUUUACAACGAUGUGGCCAAGGGCGCAGGGAACACCGUGCCAGUGAUGCCAGAUAUGCAGAUCGGCGUCUUCUGGUACAUCGCCGUCUACUCCAGGUCCACGCUCUACGAGCAGACCACUCCGGUGGUAGUCGAAAUCAACGACACAGUAGCCAAGGUCAAAAUUUCCAGCUUCAUAGACAGAGACCUCGACGAGAAUGACCUAGGAGGGGUGGUCCUGUGGCAGCCACCGGCAGACGAAUCUGAGGUGGUUCACUACCGCUUCUAUCUCGCAGAAGAUGUCGAGGGGACCGUGCGCACUGCAUUGGGGCUGGAGACCGCUGUCGGAACGAACCAGGAGCUGCUUCCUUCAGAGACUAUCAAGGAGAACAGCACCCACCUCCUGGUGUAUACGGUCUCCACAUUGGCGGAGCAAACGACUCCAGAUGCCCUGCCCAUCAACGAUAUGAUCGCCAGUGUGUCCCAAGUAGCUUUCAUUGAUCAAGACACGGAUUUUGGGCAGCUGGGCGGCGAGGUGACCUGGUUUCCUCCGAGCGACGUUUCGAGGGUCACGCACUACCUUGCUUAUCUCGCGCAAGACGCUGCUGGCACAGCCAAGUCACAGAUCGACGUUGACCUUCCGGAGGGAACCUUGAAUGUCACUGUCAUUGCCGACACGCAGCUGCACCAGAAUACGCAUGUGGUUGUGUACACUCGGUCGUCUCUUGUGGAGCAGACCACCCCAGCUUUCUUUGAGAUUUCCGACACAAUCUCUUCGGUUCCGUACCUUCGCUUUACGGAUCUGGAUCUCGAUCCGCUCCAGAUUGGAGGUUACUUGGAGUGGGUGGCCCCAGAGGACAACUCCACCAUUACGCACUACACUCUGUAUGCCGCAGAAGAUGCGCUGGGUUCCAACAGGACACAGAUAGCGCCUGAGCUUCCGUUUGGGACCACUGCUGCUGUCCUUCCGCACAACUUCGAGCUGGAGAACUACACACACCUGUUGAUUUACACCAAGACGGACGUGAGUGAACAGACUGUGCCUACAUCGCAUUUGAUCACAGAUGAAGUUGCUUCGGUAUCGCGGCUGAUGCUCGUCGACCAGGAUUUGGACUUGUCCGAGAUCGGGGGUACAAUUACCUGGUCACCGCCUACGUCGGUGACUUUGGUGGCCGGCUAUUACGUCUACCUCGCUGAGUCCAUGGAAGGCUUGGGUCGCUCCUUUGUUGGGACCUUUGUGGUCGUCGGGACCAAUUCCAUCGACCUGAGCCCGGACCAUGCCAUCAACAGCUCUCAGUUCGUUGUGGUGUAUGCAGCAUCAUCUUUCGUGGAGCAGACCACCCCCGUGGCCUUCGCCCUCAGCGACUCUGCCUCGCAGGUGCUCGAAGUCAAUUUCACGGACUUGGACUUGGAUGCCGGCGAGCUGGGCGGUGAAGUCACGUGGCUGCCCUCGCCCGAUCAUAUGCAGGUGACCGGAUACUAUGUUUACUUUGCGGAGGCAGAUGGUAGCCUGCGAUCGCUGCUGGGCAACACGACGGAAAAUGUGCAUCAGAUCGAUCUUCCAUCCGACCAGCCGACGGGCACUCUGUCCACCGUCCUGGUGUAUGCUUCCUCCUCCUUGGCAGAGCAGACCACACCACUGGCGCUUGCAUUCAACGACACCGACUCGAGCGUGUCCUCGAUCAACUUCACCGACCGAGAUCUCGACGCCGACGAAAUCGGAGGCACCAUCAGCUGGAAAGAGCCUGCCGAUCCUGCCUUGGUGGCACAUUACGUCGUCUACAUAGCCGAGGAUCAGUUCGGCGGAAACCGAUCACAGGUGGGCUCCGAAGUUCCAUGGAAUUCUUUCGACAUCAGCCUGCUGCCAGAGCAGCCCAUCAGCGAGCCGGACGUUGUGGCCCGGUCCGAUUACGCGCAGGUCCUCGUCUACACGAAGUCGACGCUUGCAGAGCAGUCGACCCCCGUGAGCUUCGCUAUCGUGGACGUGAAUGCCUCUGUCAGUGGCGGGGCCUUCCAAGAGCAGGACCUUGAUGAGGCAGAGCUUGGCGGACCAAUUACCUGGGAAGCACCGGCCGAUCUGACGCACGUCACCCAUUAUGAUGUUUACUUCGUUGAAUUCCCGGAUGCUACAGGAACGAACCGAUCGCAGUUGGGACAUUCUGUCGAGGUGGGCACGAACUUGAUCCACGUUCCUGUAGACUUCCUUCAGGGCACGUUGUCGCACAUUCAGGUCUACACCCGUUCCUCUCUCGUGGAGCAGUCUACACCGCAUGUGUUCGUCAUCAACAAUACGAACGCAAGCGUGUCCAGCAUCGAGUUCCUGGACGACGAUUUGGAUGACAAGGAGCUCGGUGGUAAUCUGACGUGGUUGCCACCGGAUGACAUGGCACAGGUGUCACACUUCGUUUCCUACCUUGCUUCCGAUGUCUUCGGUGGUGCCCGCUCACAGAUUGCCACCCAAGCGUCCGACACAGAGGAGGCUUUCGUGCAGCCCGAGCAGCCCCUGCAGAACUACUCCCAUGUGCUUGUGUACACCAGGUCACUCUUGGCGGAGCAGAGCACACCGGCAAGUUUGCCCAUAAGUGACACAUUCGCCAUGGUGCGAAAUGCUGACUUUUUGGAUCAAGAUCUGGACUACGAUGACCUCGGCGGCACGAUUCAGUGGAAUCCACCAGCCGACAAUGUCAGAACGACUGACUACGUCCUGUAUUUGUCGGUUGGUGCUGAUGGAACUGGCCGGCAGAAGGUGGGACAAGAGCUCGUCGGGACGAACAAGCUGUUGCUGUUGCCGGACACUACGAGGGGCCAGCUUGGCUUUGUGACCGCGUUCGCACGCUCUGUGCUCCUGGAGCAGACCACACCGGCGGCAGUGGCCAUAAGCGACACGAUUGCCAGCGUGUCGGGAGUUGAUUUUCUGGAUUUGGACCUGGACGAGGGUGAAGUUGGCGGAACCCUGACGUGGGAACGACCGCCUGAUCGACAACAGGUGGUGCGCUACAGGCUUUACUUCAGUGUUGCAGACCCCUUAACUGCGGGCCAGCACGUGAAUGGCACACAGGACUGGCUCAAAAUCCCCAAUGGUUCGGUUGAUGUCACCCUGUCCGAGUUGGACUUGGCCCCAGACUUUGCUCUUAGUGGCGAGAGCCAUGUGCUCAUCUACACAGAGUCGAAUCUGGCUGAGCAAACCACACCGGUGGGCAACCCUCUGAACGAUUCCAUUGCAGUUGUUAGAAACGUCUCCUUCACAGACCUUGACCUGGACGAUGACGAGCUCGGGGGAAACGUGACGUGGCUGGACCCUCCACCGGAGCAGCAACCGGACCUGGUUGAUUUCGUGGACGUUUACUUGUCAGAGGACAGUGAAGGUGCCGGCCGCUCUCAGAUCCAAGUUGGGCAGGCCUCUGCAAACACCAUUGAGCUGGCAGCCGAGACCGCUUUGAGGUCCUUUCGUCACAUCCUGGUCUUCACCCGCUCCAGCCUGGCGGAGCAGUCGACGCCUGUGGCCUUCCCGAUCAGUGACACAGGCCGCUAUGUUACGAGUCUGCUUUUCACCGAUCAGGACUUGGACUGGGAUGAGUUGGGCGGCAAUUUGAGCUGGCAGCAACCGGUUGAUGCGAGCCUGGUUGCGCAUUAUGUCGCCUACCUAGCCACAACACCGGUUGGGGCAGACAGAGCUCACAUAGCAGAGUUGGAGGCAGGAUCGACGGUAACCUCCAUCAGCGAAGACACGGCUGUUGAGAAUUACACCCAUCUGCUCCUCUACACCAAGUCCAUCCUGGUGGAGCAGACCACCCCAAUGGCUGUAAACAUCAGCGACACUGUGGCGAGCGUGUCGUCAGUUCAAUUCGUAGACCAGGAUCUGGAUAUUGAUGACCUGGGUGGCGAUGUCACGUGGGCAGAGCCCUUCAACGACAUUGAAUUUGUCCACUUCUACGAUGUGUAUCUUGCCAACAGCAGUGCUGGUGCAUUCCGCUCGCAGCUCGGGCUUCCAAUGCCACAGGGCCUGGCGCAGACGAGCGUGCCAGUGGAUUUGACGAAGGGGCUCUUCUCCCACAUCGUUGUCUACACUCGCUCCGUCCUUGUGGAGCAGACGACUCCGGUGGGGCUGGAAAUCAGCGACACCUCAUCCGACGUGCAGAAUGUGACGUUCACAGAUCUUGACCUCGAUCUCGGGGACCUCGGGGGCCACGUCUACUGGGAAACACCACUGGAGUCCUCCCAGGUGGCCGCUUAUCGUGUGUACCUGGCGUUCGACGAAACCGGCAGGUCACGGUCGCAAAUCGGCACAGACGUCUUCGUAAACUCGUCUCGCAUUGCCCUCUUGCAACCAGAUCACACAACUGGCUCGUACCAGCGAAUCACCGUGUACAGCAAGUCCGACCUUGCUGAGCAGACCACCCCAGUGGCAUUCCAGUUGGAAGACACCGAGUCUGUUGUGACGGACACGAACUUCACAGACCUCGAUCUGGAUGGUGCGGAGCUCGGUGGUACUAUCUUUUGGUCGCCAGCUGGAGACACGGACUUGGUGGUCGCCUACGACUUGUACUUGAGCGAAAGCGCCAUUGGCGACUCUCUGUCCCGCAUCAAUGAGUCCUUGCCUGUCGGCACUCACGAUGUCUUUGUGCCUCCUGAAUUCCCACUGGGCAAGAGCACACACAUCGUGAUCUUUACUCGAUCUUCUUUGGUUGAGCAAACCACGCCUGCCUUCAUCAACAUCAGUGAUGCUGAUUGGAAUGUUCCAGAGGUGUCUUUCUUCGAUAUGGACCUGGACGGUGGUGACUUCGGGGGACAGGUGAGCUGGUUGCCACCAGCUGAAGUCGUGCUCGUGGCCCACUACUCCGUCUACUUGGCUGCGAACACCUCUGGCGACCUCCGUUCCCAGAUAGGUGAGGAUAUCCCGAAAGGCACGAACUAUGUGGACCUCCUGCCCGAGCAGCCGCAAGGACCCCACACCCACAUCGUUGUCUACACGAAGUCCUCGCUGGUCGAGCAGACCACUCCAUCUUUUCUCGAGCUCAACGACACCGCUUCUUCCGUUUCCGGGAUUGUGUUCGUUGACCGGGAUCUUGACGAAGAGGAGUUGGGAGGCGAUAUUACUUGGGUCAAGCCCAUCGACUUCUCGCAAGUCACGCUCUACUCGGUUUAUCUGUCAGCCACCUUCGAUGCUGAAAACCGGUCAAGGGUCGCGGAGGACCUCCCAAUCGGUACAAAUUUAGCUCAGUUGCCGGCUGAGACGCCCAUCCGGUGGUUCGAGUAUGUCAACAUUUACACCAAGUCGCCUGUGAUUGAGCAGACGACCCCGGCAUCACUGCUGAUCUCGGACACGAACGCGCAGAUUGGCGAUGUGGAGUUCCUGGACCAGGAUUUGGAUGAAGAGGAGCUGGGCGGCAAUGUCACCUGGAUAGUCACACGUGACCUUCAGCUCAUCGCCAACUUCACUGUGUAUUUCACCGAGAACGACACCUGGCAGACGGGGCGCAGCAGGGCGGGGCAGGAUGUCGCACCGGCGGAAUUUGCAGAGCUGUUCGUCCCGCCCGACACCGAACCGCCUUUGGAAACUUACAGCUGGGUUUCAGUUUUUCCAAGCUCUCUGAUUGCCGAGCGGACCACACCCUUCGCGGCGCCAAUCAACGACACCAUCUCACCUGUGCUGAAUGUUUCCUUCCUGGACCUGGAUUUGGAUUUGAGUGACCUUGGUGGGAAUAUUUCCUGGGAGCCGCCGCUGGAAGCCUCGCAGGUCACGCACUACCUGGUAUACCUUGCUGCGAAUGCUUCUGGAGCCGGGCGGUCCAUGGUCGGCAGCGAGGUACCAUACGAUUCGCUGUCGGCACUGCUGGAUGCAGAAACACCCCGGCUCGAUCGAGACUACAUCGUCGUCUACACUCGAUCCUACUUGGUCGAGUCGACCACUCCCUCGUACUUCCCCAUCUCGGACACUUACUCCGUCGUGCAGGUGAACUUCACGGACAAGGAUCUAGACGACUCGCAGAUUGGAGGCACAAUUUCUUGGACCACUCCCGAGCCAGACUUCAACCCCUUGGUGUCGUUCUUCACUCUGCAUCUAGCAGACGACGCGUUCGGUUUGAACCGCUCGCAGAUUGAGUCGACCCUGCCUUGGCAUCUUCAGGAGGCAGCUCUGCCAGCUGAAGUCUACUAUGACACGGCUACGCACUUCGUCGUGUUCACUGGCAGCACCCUGGUGGAGCAGACGACGCCAUCGGCGCUUGCGAUUUACGACGCGGAUGCCAGCGUCUCCAACAUAACGUUUCAAGACAAGGACCUGGAUGAGUCCGAGAUGGGUGGGGACAUCUUCUGGGAUGCACCGCUGGAUGCUGACCAGGUGACCUACUACGCCGUCUUUAUCCGUCCAGACCCUCUGGGCCAGCGAUCGCAGGUGGCAGGUUAUGGUCCUGCUGGUCUCGUUCCUGCUGGGGUGGAGCAAGAGUUCAUCAAUGCUGACACCUCGAUUGGCACCUUCCAGGAAGUGGCCGUCUACACGCGCUCUAGCCUCGUGGAGCAAUCAACAGCCGUGGCAAUCCCGAUUGUAGAUGAAAUCGCUACUGUGGGCAGCAUCCACUUCAUGGACAUUGACCAGGACAUCGAUAUGCUGGGCGGGCAGUUCCUCUGGGUUCCACCAAAUGACACUUCGGAGGUGGCAUUCUAUGUCGGCUACUUUGCGAUUACCCCAGGCAUGCUUUCAGGAAGCCGCAGGUUCGAGUUCGAGAUUCCUGGGCACCUCAACUCCUACGACUUGCCGUUCCAGACCCCACAGUCAGGGUACAACUACUUCUCCAUCUACACGAAGUCGUCGCUCGCAGAGCAGACGACACCCAACUCUGUCGAAGUCAUCGACUUUUGUCAGAAUGUGCCCACUUUGGAGAAUCAGUCUCUGUAUGUGGAGGAAGGCGUACACUUGCUGGACAUCUAUGAUGUUCCAGAAGUCGUGAUCACGAAGUUUACAAGAGUCAGCGAGGACGGGCUGUCUCUGGAGUUCGCACCUUUGCGGCGUGGCCCUGUCUACAUGAUCAUCACGGACACCGUUGCCGUGGCAGGCAUGACCAACACGGACGUGCAGUCGCUGGUCAAUGCCCUAGGUGGGCCCAAUUGCCGCAUCCCGGGCAAUCUUAUGGUGAGCUGCACCAACAUCACCUUCCAGCUCUCCGGAUGCUCGCUGAGCGUUGGGGGCAGCUUUAACUAUCGCCUUUGGGUCCUGCAAGAGGAUGAAGAAACGGGUACUAUCGGUGAGGCAGCCUACAUUGACUUCAUUGUGGCUUCCGUUGUCUUCGACCAAGGUCCCUUCAUCUACUUUCGGAAUUCUUCUGCCGUCGCCCUGCAGUAUAUCCCCAGCCACGAGGGCUUCGAGUGGAUGUAUGCUGUCCCCACCGCUGGCGGAUAUGCUGAUCAGGUGCUUCUCGGCGAUGACCGGAUCAUGUGGGUCCGGAGGGUGAAAUCGCUGUAUCUGGCUUCUGGAGGCAGAAAGUGCCAGAACGCACGAGUGCCCAUUUUUGGAAAAGAAGCAAAGAUCUCGUUCCUCUAUGACUGCGAGUUCACGCUUGGCCAGGAGUACCGAAUCUUCAUUCUCCUCGAAGAUGGGUUCAACCGACAUGAUGGCACACUGAAAACCGUGGACUUCGUUUACCAGGGAGAGAUGACCGUGAACUCGGCUAUUCCCUACUCACACCCGGUGCCCUCCGCCACGAGGUGGCGCUUGGUCCCUCUCAGUCUGGUUUCGACGGAGUGGAAGGUCCAGCACUUGCGGAUGUUUUCGGAUGUGACGUGCUCACGCAGUGUGGCUGCAUACCCCGCGCCUUACCGAGAUCUGCUGCUCAGCACUUGGGACGAAGGCCAACCACUUCCGACAGGAUUUCCGUUUUCAGACCCGGGCCCUUUGCCGCUGGAAAGCCUGUUCGAGGAUGGGCUCGGUCCGGGAUUCCUCUCGGGUCGUCCCUGUGGUCCUGGCGACUGCCACAUUGGAUUCAGCUUCGGAAGCGGCCUGUCUGGAGCGAACGACGUGAACGUUGCCGUGAAGGUGGGAUGCGUGGAAGUGACGCAGUCUGACGCCAGCGGGGAGUUUGCAGAAAGCCUGGAGCUGCAGUACUACGACGGCUCACAAUACAUAUCUUAUCGCCAGGCUUUCAACCUCGCUGGCGGCAUCUCCUUCGUACCGACCUUCAAUGGCACCGUCGGACUCCACGUGGCCUCGGCUGUGGCGACACCAAUCUGGAGACAAGGUGUUGCUUGGAACUUGGCAUUUCUGAGCUUUGCCGACUUAGCACCAUCGAGGAAACUCUUUGGUGGAGAGACCAUCCUACGUGUUUUCCGGACGCAGACAUGCGCAGAGGACGGUAAACAGCUGUCCACGGGACAAAGCAUCAACUCGCUUGCAAUGCAGAUCAGCUUGCUUGACUUGGCUGUUGUCACCACAGGCAUCGUCGGCCCCAAUGCCUUCGUCGUUUCGGAGCCGCUACAAGUGCCCGUUCUGCCGGGCCAUGUACCACUGUUCUCAGCCAAGGACCACCAGAAGCAGAUGGCCACCGCAGUGCUCAGCAUCGGCCGCCUCUUCUCCGCAGAAGCGCAGGCUCUGAUGGCCCGCAGCCUCGUUCAGCGGAUUGUUUCACACCUGCGUCAGCCUCCAGGUGCGGAUGUCGACGCGCGGCAAGCCUGGGAUGCCCUGGAUGCCCUGAAGCCCUCAAGGGGCUGGUCUGCGGCAGCCGGCGUUCCUCAGGCCUUCGCCUCGGUGGACAGUCAGGGACGGACAGCGCUACGCCUCGCCGUGGAGGGUGGCCAUUUGAAUUGCGUGCAGCCCCUCAUUGAGGCAUGCUGCAGUCUUCGUUCUGUGACCGAGGACCUGCGGUCGCCCCUCACCGCGGCAAUCGAGCAAUGCCGCGGCCAGGAGCUUCUGCGCCUGGACAGCAACAUGUUGGGCCUCAACAAAGACCAGCUGCGCCUUGCAGGACAGCUUUGCAAGAUCGUGAGUUCCAAAUCGGUUGGACAGCUUGAUGACAUGGCAUCGCAGCUUUCCAGUCACUUCGGGGUACGAGGCAGCUCGCCGUCACGCGGCGCGUCUGGUACGAGUUCUCCUCCACCGCUUCCUCCGAAAGAGGUGUCAAGAUCGUCAUUUUCCAAGCCAGUCCCUAGUGAGUGGUCACCGGACAUCUUGCUGCUGGUGCUUGAGUUGUGCCAGAGCGGGAAGGCUCGGCGCGAACUGCUCCAGCCUGCCACUUGUUCGGGCCUGUGGCGGGUGAGCCUGCAGCAGAACCUUCACAACCUGGCCAAGAAGCUCGCGAUUUGGAUCGGACUGUCUGUCAACGCGCGAGGUGGGGAGAGCUCACGAAGUCAGCUCUUGGACGUACCGCCAUACGCCUCCGAAGACUCAGCUUUGGGCCUAAUGCUGGAACGUGCGGUAGAAGAUCCUCAGUGGCUGAACGCUUCGAGAAUCUUGCUCCACGUGGGUGCGAGCACCACUGCCACGCUGCACGGCCAGCCCCUCUUGAGCUUUGUGCAGGAGCAGGCCGACAACAACCAACCCGGUUUCAAUGAUCUCCUGGAGCCAUUCCUGCGGCGGCUGGGCCAGGACAUCGACCCAUGGGUGCAGCCAACAGCGUUGUUGGAGGAUCGGACAGCCGAAUGUCCAAUAUGCCUUGAGACGCUUUGGACCUCGACUCCCACGGCGUUUGUAAAACUCGUCGAAGGUGGCGGGCAGAGCGUCUUCCAUGUGAUUUGCGCGCAUUUCUUCUGCUUUGACUGUGCCAGCCAGCAGUACAUGAAGCAGCAGCAGGCGCAGGCAAACGAGUACUUCUGCCCGACUUGUCGCGCCACAGCUCACGAGGUCAUGCCCAUGCCCGACAUUGCCGUCAAUCCAAGGCUGUGGUUUCAGUUUCUGGAUGUGAAUCGAUCCGGGCAGAUUGACCAAAACAUGGCAGUUCAGGCAUUGGAGGCAAUGCUCCCCAUCGACACGGAACGCCUUCACGAGUCCAUCGCUGGCGGGUGGGCAGCUUGGGCCAAGGGUCAUGUCACGGAGAACGACUUCUUUUCGAAAGGAGGCCUUCUGGAAUGGAUCCGUGCACAUCAGCAUGACCUCGCUAACACCGCGAAGCGGGGAGCUGCGCCUUCGUUGCCGGCAGAUGACCUCCAAGACUGGUUUCGGCAUUGGGAUGUCGAGCAUCGAGGAACCCUCGACAAGGGCCAGGUGCUGCGUGCCUUGUGCGAGGCUUCCAAAACUUCGUCGCUCGAAACAAGGCGUAUCCAGGAGCUCAAGGAAGGAAUCACAAUGGUCUGGGACAAGUACGACUUGUCCCUCGGCCUGACCCGCCAGCACUGCAAAGAGCCAAAGCUGGCGGCAGAUCUCGCAGCUCUGACAGAGAAGGUGGCUGGAAUGGCCUGA